AUGGCAGACGUUCUAUCGCCAACGCCCAGCCCACCAACAAGUCCUUCGCCAAUGCCACCUCGCAGACCAAACAAGAGCAGAUUGCGAACGUUAUCCGCAAUGGAUCAAAUAUCAACGCAUAGCUCAAACCAGUCUACCCACUCCUUGUCGCCCAGUGAAACAUCGUCUAUUCCUCCCAACAGCAGCAACAGUGAUGCCUCUUUAUUUCUCUCUGCCCCACCGCCUCCCCUCAAAUCCAAUUACCGUAGUCGAUUCACUGAACAUUUUGACAAGCAGCCAAAGAGACCGGAUACUCUGAAAGCCUCUAAAAGUCUAACCACCAUUGCAUCGCUUCCGAAAUCAUCCAAAUUGACUCGAUCAUCCUCUUCAUCUUCGGGCAGCGACUUUAUGUUUGAUGCUCAAUCUGAUAAACAACGCAUUCAAUUGACAUCCUCCACAUCAACGCCGCUACAGUUACCUCAUCCGCCACGAAAAUACGGGAGCAAUGGUUCUGUGCUCACCACCAACACGAAAUCUACCAGCCAAACAACCACUACAAGCCACCAUCCUGCACCCAACAACGCCAGCCUGAAUCGAGCUGACUUCAUCAUCAGUAGACUAGAGACAUGGCAUCAGUGUCUAAAAUCUGUCACCAGCUGGGUGGAAGAAGUAGCAAAGAUCAGUCUGGUGAGUAGCCGUGGAUUUUCCCAGAAAGCCUAUCCACAUGUGGAUCAAAGUCUGCCAGACAAUGUCAAUGCAUCGAUACGCACAAUACAAGCUGGAUUCAGAGCACUGACGAUGCAGAUGGCAGCAGAACAGCAAGCGUUCAGUAAAUGUCUAGAGCGAGAUCACUUACCCACUCUGUUUAAACUGCGUAGACAGGUCAAGGACAGAGUGCAGCAACUGAAGAAUGACCCUACAUUGGUACUGGAUGAAUUGCUACGUCGAGCAGAAGUGACAAGAAGUAAAAUGACACACCUGAACCGCUGCUGCAAGCAAGCAGACAAACUCAGUGGACAGCAAGUCGAGAUGGAUCCCUGGGUGGCAAAUUUAUUGGUGUUGAGACAGUUGAAGCGCGAAGUAGACGAGGAAAAUCGAUUGAGGCUGCUUAUGAUACCUAUCCAGAAAGAGACAGCAGAUUUGGAGCAGCAAGUCAUUCAGCAGAUCAAGCCCACAAUUAGAUAUUGUUACGAGGUACUAUCUCCUAGUGCUUGGGAUGGAUCUGAGGAUAAGGAAACUGCGCCUUUUGAGUUGAUGAUGGAUCAGAUCAUGCCACAGCAGAGCUGGGAUCAGUUUGUACAAGAGAACAAGUCGAAUUUUGUCAAUGAAAAGAACCCUACCAAAGACUAUCUCAAGAUCAACUAUCCAAACAAGUUUCAUCCUCUGGUUAUGACAUUGUUGAAGGGGAAAAUGGAGAGGAAAUUUGGCGUGCGAAAGCAGUUUAUUGAGAGGAACUAUGUGCUCAGUCAAGGUGGCUACCUUCAUCAGUUUAGCCUGGACGAUAAAGUGACCCCUGAAAAGACCAUCUACAUACCAAACACCACCAUUGUGCCCUCCAUCGAUCUCAGUAAACUGCACACUGUCUUGACAGAAUACGCGGGCGAUACAAGCAACACAUUUGAAAUAUGCAAGCCCUCCACCAACGUGCUUCAAAGAGACAAGAUAUCUGUGUUCCGUACAUCAACCAGGGAGGAGCUUGUUACGUGGUGUCGUCUGUUGGUACAUAUCGCAAGUGGUGUCAGUCUGUCUUCCCUGGACGAGGAUCUUGUGCUGAGAAACUCGUCCAGCUCAUUCGAUGAGUUGGAGCAGCAUCCUGUUCACAUGAUGCGACUCAGUCAUAGCCAGAACAUGGACACACGAAAGAUCAGCAUUGGAGGCACGUCUGUCGGCGCACUGUCCUCACCAGCAAGGAGUCUACGAUCUGUCAGAACAGAGGAGUCGUUCAAUGAGCCGGCCGCUUACAGCAAGUCUUCCACGCCACUGCCCACUACAACCACAUUCAAUGUAUCCACACCUAUUUCUGGUGUCAUUGUGGAAGAAGAGAUGUAUAGCACAGAUGCUGAAUCUUUUGUCACUGCUACGCCUCAAAUGGAAGACGACGAUGAUAAUCUCUACUAUCAUUCUGAUGAGGAGGAAGGCGACGCAGAACAAGACGCUAGUGCCUUGAUGGAUUACUUUAGUCCUCAACAUGGUCACCAACCAUCAGAAGAUGAUGACGAUGCUGCGAGUAUUGCCUCCAAUUCCACAGCAAAAGGUCAUAGUGCUACAGCACACUCUCCCAACGAAGCUAAUGAACGAUCUCCGUCACUCCACAGCACAAGUGAUGCGCAAUCAUCGCUGUAUUUCUCUUCGGCAUCAGCCCCUCCAUCUCCAUCUGGCUUAUCGGAUACUUCCUCUAUUGUGUCUAUUCCAGAAUUUGAACUAGUGCCACAAGCUAUCAACGUGCAUCAUCAUCAACAGGGAGAAACAGAGAGCGUUUAG